GUCUCAUCACCAGCGCAUGAGUUUAAAAGAAGAUUAGAGAGUAAAAAGUACAUACCGAUUAGAAAUGAACUUACACAGCACAAAGUUUGUUUGCAAUUACAUUAAACAAAUAACUAUUUCCAUAAUAAUUACUCAACAAAUAUUACAUUGUCAAACAUUUUCAACUAAUCAAUCAAAUUGGGAUACGCUAUUUAACACUUCAAUAACAUUACAAAAUGGGUCAAAAUCAAAUUUCAAACAUGUUUCAUUCUCUGGCGAAGAAAUUCAUGCAAUUCGAAAACAAUUCGAUGGAAUUAAUGAAGAUUUUAACGCAUUACAGGAUAUUUUUAGUUUCACAUACCCCGAGUGCAACUUACGUAUUAUCAGGUCUUUGGAUGUGCGUCCUAAAUGUACAAUUUCUAAAACUAAAUUAACAAAUUUAAAGAACGAAGUCGAAAAUUUAUAUUCGCAUUCAUCGAAUUAUAAUCGAAAUUUAUGUACACAACAAAAUUUAAAUGACACAGAGAAUUGUAACGAAUUAAUAAAAAUAAUUCAAUGUGGAUUUCUACAUUUUAAACAAGGAUUUGAAAUUGCAAUUAAGUUAAAAAACAGUUCGAUUGAUGAAAUCAUGAAAUGGAAAAAUGCAUACCACAGUUUAUCUGAUAAAUAUAUAAAGCAGAGUGAAAGUUUAAAACAAGCUUUAUCACAAGAAAAUCAACUAAAAUUAGAUAAACUACAAACUGAUAUACAAAAUUUAGGCAAAAUAUUGAAUAUUGCAAUGGAACGUUUCCAAACUGCUACAUUCAAUUUAUGCGUUUCUGAAAUUAAGCUUGGAGAAAUACAAGAAGCUAUUCAGAAUUUUAAAGACCUAAAAUCAAUUUCAAUAUCGUUAAUUAUAAACAAAUGCUAUAAUUUUCAAAACGUUAACGAUGAAUUGAAACAUUUUGAAAAUAUUAUCAACUUUAUUAAACAUCAACCAAACCAAUCGGAUGAAAAAACUGGUUAUGAAACUUUGUAUAAAGAAAUGGAAACGAAAAAUGAUUUAAAGACCUUGAAAGUUAUAUUAUUGGCGAAGAACAUAGAAAAUUCUACUGUAAAGAAUGAACUUACAAUCGAAAAUAUUUGUUUAAAAGUUAAACAUAUUUACCUAAACAAGAUUCAAGAUUUGUGGACGAAUGCAAUUCUUUACAAUAGCAAAGAUGCAGAACUAAUAAACUUUGCUAAAAACUAUCAUGUUUACUUUGAUAAAAUUUUAAGUGAAACAUUAAUAAAAGCCAUAAAGAGUAAAUAUAAUGCUUUAACUGAUAAAUUUGAGAAUGUCGUUAGAUUUAUAAAAGAUUUGCCGCAUUUUCAUCAAACAGCCAUAGCUUACAAGACGUUCUUUAAUGAACUAAAAAGGCAGGAUUUGUUAACAAAUAAUGAUAGAAUAAUAAAAUUUGCAUAUCACAUUAAAAAAGUAAUGAAUAUGCAAGUCUAUUCGAAUGCAAAUAUAGAAUACCAGAGCAUGAUUGAAGGUAUCAAACGAGACCUACCAACUUCGGCUCGUGAUCUUAUUUGGGAUGGUUAUGCAUGUCAGUUAGAAAAUCGUAUGAGUGGUCAAUACCUAUAUGCAGAUGAGAACAUGUCGAGAAAUAAUAAACUACGUCGAACAAUACUGACUCAAGAUUUAGAUAAUAUUAUUCAACAAGAAAGUCUAUGGAUUUUCCGAACUGAUGAUGGGGGUGAUUCUUUUACAAUUAUGAAUUUUUAUAGGGGUGAAUAUUUGUAUGCUGCCGCAGAUGAUUUAAACUACGGUAAACAUCGUCGAAGUGUAUUUACUUGGAAACCUGGAGAUCGUGUACCCGAAGGGUCGUGGAAAAUUAAACUGCGUGGAGAUUAUAUAACUUUACAAAAUACGUAUUACUAUAAUGAAUAUCUAUAUUCUUUUCAAUACAGACUUGGGGGCUAUCGUAAUCGAAUAUACCGGGUACUGACUUGGGGACUAGGAGAAUACGAUUUAAGCAUAGAAAGUGAUUGGAAAUUACGGUGUUAAUAACGUCAAAUAUACCAGUGUAUACUCUAAAAAUGAGGUCGUAACAUCACGGUAUUUGUUUAAAGUUGUUUUUAGUGCUAAUAGAUACAAAAAGUAUCUAAAAAUCAACAUUUCGUGAACACUCAGUAAUUUUUAUACGAUUAUUCCAUGUUCUUAGCCCUCUACUCAAUCAAAAUAGUUGUACUUGAUGUUGUGAGAUAUCCCGUUGCGUUACAACAUCCGUGUAACAAGGACUCUGUACACCACCCUCGCAUCACACGUCUCAUUCAAUACUCUUGAAAAAAAAUAAGUUUUGGUUAUUCAAAUAACAACAAUACAUAUACGUGGAUUCUGUAUUGCUCUAAGAUGUGAUUUUCUAAGCUGUGAUAGCCAACCCGCAGAAUACACGACUGUUGGUUUUCUGUCAUUCUUCUUUUGUUUUAAAAUCAUAAGAAACCAGUAUUAUACAGGGUGUUCUCCAAAAAAAAAAGAUUGUAUAGUAAAGGAUAUCAGAGAAUAAUAUCGCACAAAAGAAAAACGUUAAAAGAAAUAAAUAAGAAAACGGAAGAAAAUUAGCCAUUCAGGCGGAAGACGUAGCCAAAUUAGUUAAUAAAAGUUGGGUGUUUCAUUCUCCUAACUAUCAAAACGUACGAAGUAAGACAUAUAAUUGGUCAAUUUGCUGAAGUCUUACGUUUCUUUAUGUGUGAUAGCUAUAACAGUUAUACAUCUUUAAUUGGAAUAAAAGCAAAACAGUGUAAGAUACCAAUACGACUUGAUUUCUUUUCUGUGCACUUA